AUGUCGCCUCGGACACGCUCCGACGAUCACCUCGGCCAGCCGCUGCUGGGUGAUCACCACGAUCGGUCGGACUACGCCAGCGGCGACCAGUCGCAGCCGCUGAGCCCGGCACCCGGCCACCUGCCAGGCCCCUCGGCGGUCAUGGUCCGAGUCGACACGCUGGGUCUGCCGGCCGACGACUCGGCCGACAGCACGGACGAUCUGCCCAUCUCCGGCCGCAGCUCCAUGGGCUCCCUGGCCUCGGUGGACAUGGAAGCCGGCGGUGCGGCCCCGAUGGGCGGCGACCCUGCCGGGUCCGAUGCCAAUUCCCUGCUCGACGCGGAGAAGGCCCUGGCCCGUGGGGCCCUGGCCGGCGGCGGCGGCGGAGCCGACACCGGCGAUGGUGAUGACGAUUCGCUGGGCCUCCUGCCGGGGGCCGGGGCUCAUGGAGGCCCCGGCGCCGGGCCCGGCAGCCGGUGCUCCACUCGCUCGAAGGUGGCCAUCGCCGCGGCGACCCUGGUCUUGGUGCUGGCCCUCGCGGCCGGGGCGGCCCUCAUCGGCGCCAGCAACAGCUUCCAGCCCUCGGGCAAGGCCGGCCAGCGGCCGGCCACCGGCCACACCAGGCCGCCGCCCCGGCGGCCGGGCUACUCCGGCACCGGGCCCCCGCGGCGGCCGGCGGCCAACUGCCCCCGAAUGCGGCCGUCCUUCAUCGUGGUCGGGGCCCAGAAGGCCGGCACCACCAGCCUCUAUGCCUACCUGCGCACGCAUCCGCAAAUCAUCGGCCUGCCGAACCCCCACGGAGCCGCCGGCCCCGGCGGCGACCACCUGCCGGCCAUCACCCCGGAGGAUGGCCAGGUGGAAACCAUCACCAUGCAUCAGCAGGAGCCCGGCGGCCGGCCGCACAUCCGCCCGGCCGUCGAGCCGCACUUCAGCCUGGAUCUGGACGCCAGCCCGGACCCGGGCCAGGGCGGCCUGCCUGCGUCGCCGCUCGAGGCCGGCACCGUGGACGACGAGGACGACGGCCCGGACGGCAUGGGCGAGCUGGUGGACCCGGUCCCGGACCCGGAGCCGGAGCCGCAUUUCUAUGUCUUGCGCCUGCCCUUCGGCCUGACGGCCGUCAUCCCGAAGCCCUCGCGCCCGACCUUCCCCUUCUUCGGGGGUGGCCCCGGGUCGCGGCGCGCCCCCGGCAGCGGCAGCCCGGCUCUGGCCGAAGCAGCCGGCCCCGGCACCGAUGAGCCCCAUGCCGGCGACCGCCCGGCCGCCGGCCGCCUGCCCACCUGGCAAACCUCCGACCCCAUGUACCAGGCCGCCACCGAGGCCGAGGCCACCGGCGAGUCGGCCCUCACCCCGGGCAGCGCCCUGCGCACCAAGGAGCUGCGCUUCUUCGACUCGGCCCGGCACUGGCCGCGCCUCGGCGGCCUGGGGCACCGGCUGCACCAGGGCCUCCGGCCGCCCUCCGGCGAGUCGGCCAUCAACCCGGCCACCGGGCAGUUCAUCACCGAGGAGGUGGGCCGCGCCAUCAUGUGGGACGGCUCGCCGGCCAAGCCGGCGGACAUCCACCAAAUGACCCCGGCCCAGCUGCAGGAAGUCCGCCAGCGCUAUGAGAAGUUCUUCCCCUGCCAGCCGGAUGAGGCCACCCUGCUGCACGAUGCCCAGCAUGGCCGCGAGAAGACCGUCGGCUAUGUCACCGGCGAGGCCACCCCCGGGUACAUGUACCGCCCGGAGGUCCCGGCGCGCAUUCGCGCCGUCUUGCCCGAUGUCAAGCUUAUCGCCCUGGUCCGCGACCCGGCCGAGCGUGCCUACUCCCACUACCACCACGCCCAGAAGAACCACAUGUACCAAUUGGCCCGGCGCAGCCGCAAGAACAGCCAGGAGAAGCCCCCGAAGCGGCGCUUCCGCCGGGAUGAGGCCCUCGCCGUGAUCGACCUGCCGGCCAUGUCGGAUGCCGACCGCCAAGGCUUGCCCAUCGCCGAGGUCCGGGCUGCUCCGCCGGCCGCCACGCGCCAGGGCGACCGCCGCCCCUUGGCCCCGGUGUUCCCCGCCUUCGAGACCCUCCUGGCCCGCGAGCAUGCGGUCAUCGUCAAGUGCCAGAAUUCCGUGGCCGAGGAGCUCUACGGCCAGGACAUGGCCAGCACCAUGGGCGGUCGCGCCUACCUCGAGGCCUAUGACCGGAUCUAUGCCUGCCACCAGACGGCCAUCCUCGCCGAGGCGGCCGAUCUCCAAGUGUCCCCCUGGGCCCUGCAGCUGAUCCUCCGGUCGAUCUACAUCGCGCAGAUCCACAACAUGCGCAAGGAGUUCCCGGCCGAGCAGAUCCUCGUCGUUCGCAGUGAAGAGCUCUUCGACAAUGUCGACACCGCCCUCGACAGCAUUACCGACUUCAUUGGGCUCGAGCGCCGGAGCUCCUUCCCCUCGACCGGGGGCCAGCUGCCCGACGGCCCGGCCGGGGGUGACGAUCACACCACGCCCGAGGACCAGGCGGAUGCUCCUGCGGGUGCGGAGGACAUCGCCAUCUCGCGGGGACCCCGGUCGGCCAUCGUCGCCCAGGCCCCGCAGACCGGCAAGUGGGACGACUGGAUCUUCCGCCGGAAGCUCAACUUUGUCGAGGGCAAUCGCGUGGUGGCCAGCCACUCGGAGGAGCCUACCAACCGCAAGGCCAUGAAUCCCGACACCCUGGCCUGGCUGGACCGCCUGUUCGAGCCUUUCGAGUCUCUGCUGGAGGACUACAUCGCCGGACAGCAGCACUGAAGCGCGCGUCCGCGUGAAAAGAGGCUGCCCCGGCCUCCGGCCGCGAGAGGAUGGGCACGGGCCAAGUGCAGGGCGCGCCCCCGGGCAUGGCGCCGGGGGGAAGGGGGGGGAGCCGACCUGCAGGAUGGGUCCCGGGCAGAGGCCGAUCUUUCGCCCUGCUCUGGUCGCAAUCCCGCAUCAGCGGAUCUAUGCUUCUCCCCCGCUUUUUUUUUCCGGGCGAGAGGGGGUCCCAAGGGGAGGACAGGACGGCAUGAACUUGCGGCUGCAGGCUGGCUGGCUGUGCGGGGCGAUGUGCAGCCGCGCACGGCGCGCCACGCACACAUGCGCACAUGCGACGGUGUGCCAAGCGCCGCCAACUGUCCCAUAGACCCCGGCGUCGCCGCAUCCCCUUGUGCGUGUGCGCAUGUGAGGCGCGCAUGCCAUCUUCAUGGAGGAGGUCUUCUCCGCGGGAAGUACAUGCCGCGGAGCCGUGCCUCCUCGGCGUGGGCCUCCUGUCGGCGCGAGGCAAAGCGGCUGGGCCAGACGCUCGCGCACCGGCAAGGUGUUUCGAAAUCACCGACACGCGUGGCUGCCACACACAGCCAUGCACACAAGCAGCAUCGGGUGCUUUUCCGCCCGAUCAAAGAAAGUCCCCCGCGUUGAGGAGAAAACUGCAAAGGGCAGAGAUGAAAGGCCAACUGGAAUGCUAACGAGCGCGCCAGGGGGGCUUCCACAUGGGAGAUACGCCCAAAAACGAGAUAGAGUCCCGCGUGGAUAUGCCCAGCGCCCCAGGGAGGGGUGAGGUGUGCCGGCGCCCCCGGGGUGUGUGCCGCCGUCCCCUCGCCCCUCCCCUUCCCCCCGUCACUGCAUGCCUCCCUGAGCCUGCUUCCCUCGCCACAUGCCCUGGGGAGUGCCUGCUCGCCGGUGUCCCGGUGGCCAAGAAGAUGCAACGGAACGGGUGCCAGCGGGGGAAAAGGGGGCCAGAAAGACGAGAAGAGAAACCCCCAAACAAAAGACGCGCGGCCAAGGGGGGGCAGGAAGGAAGAGGAGAGACCCACAACGGCGGAGGUGUCUACGGGGGGAGAGAUGUGUGCGUGCCCUCGUGCAGCUCCCCCUCCCAGCCGGGGGCAUGGGCGCUCCUGCCACAAUGGCCUGCCACCAAAGUUCGUCCUCGCAACACCCCCCGUCACAUUCUGUACAAUAUAAAAACCAUCCCCUGAGGGGGAGGACGGCUUCGAAGA